AUGGCAGCCACUACUGAUGAAGAAGACCCCUAUAUUUGGCUGGAAGAUGUGGAAAGUGAAGAGAGUCUGAACUUUGCCAAAGAUUCCAAUGAAAAGUGCCUCAAGGCCCUCGGAGAGCCAACAGAUGGACCCACCUAUGAUCGAGUGCUGGGCGUGCUAGAAAGCAAGGAUCGAAUUCCCUAUGCAGCCAAACGAGGACUUGAUGAAAAUGGCAAUGAACUCUUGUUCAACUUUUGGAAAGAUGCCGAAAACCCAAAGGGAUUAUGGAGAAAGUGUACAAUGGAAUCCUACAAAAAAGAAAAUCCUGAGUGGGAGACAAUGCUGGAUCUGGAUGAACUGUCCAAGAAAGAUGACAUUAGUUGGGUCUGGAAAGGUAGCACUCCUUUGCAGAGAGCUCGUGAUCCCAUGUCUGAUGGUGGCAAACGUGUGACUAGAGCAUUGCUCAGCCUCAGUCGCGGUGGAUCCGAUGCAGUGCACAUCAAGGAAUUCGAUUUUCUCAAGGGAGACUUUGUACCUGAAAAUGAAAACCCCUUCAAUCUGCCCGAGGCCAAGACUAGGGCCAGUUACAAGAGCAGAGAUGUGCUGAGUGUCGGCAGCGACUUUGGACCCGACAGUCUCACUGAUUCAGGUUACCCUCGCACUGUUCGAGAAUGGGUCAGAGGAACUGAUGUUAAAGAUGCUCCUGUUGUCUUUGAAGGAGAGAAAACUGAUGUUGCUGUGGGAGCCUACACCAGUGAUCAGCGCUUUCGUAAUGGACCCAUCUAUGAAGUCCGAUAUCGUUCGGUUACCUUUUACACAAGCAAGUAUCUUGCCAGGAUCAUCGACUAUGAACACCUUCUUGCUCCAGAUGACCCACUCCGUGAGAAAGCUGGCAGUCCACCUGAGUUUAAGGAGGUUCAAGUGCAGGAUGAUGCAGAUGUAUCAUUCAUUGGCAACCUGCUUAUGAUUACCUUGCGAUCCGACUGGGAGCCUGUUCCUGGACAGAAGUUUAUCAAGGCUCCAUGUUACAAUGUCAAAACCAAGGUCGAGUUCUACAAUAUCACAGCUGAUGGCUUUGUUCGUGUUGGCAAAGAUAUGGAACCGCAAAUCCGAGAUGUGUCUAUCUCAGCCAUUGAUGCAGUCGAUGAUGAUCGCUUUUGGCUCACCACUAGCAGCUUUCUGGAGCCUACAACUUUGCAAAUUGCUGAUGCCUCUUUGGUGCAAAACAGUGAAAUUGAUGGUGAAGGCUUGUAUGCCAUUGAGAAAGUGAAAUCUUUGCCACCUCAGUUUGAUUCUUCAAACCUAGAAGCCAUCCAGGGGAGUGCCACUAGCAAGGAUGGAACACAGAUUCCAUACUUCUUGGUCAAGAACAAAGAUGUCACUCUUGAUGGAAAGAAUCCUACGCUUUUGUAUGGAUAUGGUGGGUUUGAGAUUAAUCUAGGUCCUCACUAUACUGCCAUCCCUGGGCUUGCGUGGAUAGAACGAGGAGGUGUCUAUGUUAUUGCCAACAUCCGUGGCGGCGGCGAAUUUGGAGCCAAGUGGCAUCAGGCUGCACUGAAGGAAAACAGAAACAAAGCCUAUGAAGACUUUAUUGCUGUUGCUGAGGAUCUCAUUGCCUCAGGCUAUUGCAAACCCUCCACUUUGGCUGUCCGAGGUGGAAGUAACGGUGGUCUUCUAGUGGGAAACAUGUACACUAUGCGCCCAGAUCUCUUUGGAGCUAUUCACUGCGCUGUACCUUUGAUUGACAUGAAACGUUUCAACAAGCUCCUGGCGGGUGCUUCAUGGAUGGGUGAAUAUGGUGACCCCAGCACUGAUGAUUGGGACAACUACUUGCACAAGUACUCACCAUACCACAACAUUGACACUUCUGUGGAAAAGUGUCCAGCACUUCUUGUAACAACCAGCACCAGAGACGAUCGUGUUCACCCUGCCCAUGCGAGGAAGUUCGUCAAGAAACUCUGGGACUUGGGCAAGGACAAAGACUGGCCCGUGUACUACUAUGAGAACAUUGAAGGAGGCCAUGGAGGUGCUGCGAACGCAAAACAGUCGGCCUUCAUGGAUUCACUAGCCUAUGACUUCAUGUUUGAAACCUUGAGCAAGAACGCCAAAGCCUUGUAG